CCGCAUCAAAUCGAAACGAAUCUCUACGUAAUGACGUAAUACGUUCAAAGAACAAACCGACGCAUGAUCUGAGAGAAAGAGGCGCCGGCGAACAAGAGGACAUGGCUGUUAACGUAUAUUCCACCUCAGUGACCAGCGACAAUCUGAGUCGUCAUGAUAUGCUGGCGUGGAUCAAUGAGUCUCUACAGAUGAACUUUACCAAAAUUGAGCUUUUAUGCUCAGGUGCAGCCUAUUGCCAGUUUAUGGACAUGCUGUUCCCAGGCUGCUUACCUCUGAAGAAAGUUAAAUUUGGUGCAAAGCUAGAACAUGAAUACAUUCACAAUUUUAAGUUAUUACAAGCUGGCUUCAAGAAAAUGGGAAUUGACAAAAUAAUUCCGGUUGACAAACUGGUAAAGGGGAAGUUUCAGGACAACUUUGAAUUCGUCCAGUGGUUUAAGAAGUUCUUUGACGCCAAUUACGAUGGCAAAGAAUAUGACCCGGUGGAAGCACGACAGGGCCAGGACACCAUGCCUGCACCCAACCCCUCCAUGUCAGCCCUCAACAAGCCCAAAAAAAUCAUGAAUGCUGCGCCACAAAGAGCAGCCGUAGCGAAAGUAAUGCCCAAGAUGGCGCCCGCCUCCGCACGGAGACCCGGUACCGGUGGUGAUGAGGAAAGGGCGGAGCUUGUUCAAGAGUUAAACAUCCUAAAGUCUACAAUCCAGGAUAUGGAGAAGGAGCGGGACUUUUACUUUGGUAAACUGAGGAACAUCGAGCUGAUCUGUCAGGAGAAGGAGGGGGAGGGAGACCCCACCCUGCAGAAGAUCGUGGAUAUUUUGUACGCUACUGAUGAGGGCUUUGUCAUACCAGACGCUGAGUCAGAAGACCAAGAGGAAUUCUAAUACUUGUGACUUGCAGUUUUAGCCUCCCCAUUCCUGCCCUCGCCACACAGCCGCUGCCCCCACAUCUCCCUCGUCAUGUUAUGCAUUUGGACUUUUAUCUAAACAAACCUCCAUAUUGUUUUGUCUGUUAAAGCAUGCCCAGACACACAUCAUGUUGGAAGAGCCGUUUCAAUUCUCUUAGACCUCCAUUGAGAGGUGCCUGCCACGAUACUCCCGUUUCACUUCAAGAAGCAUGUAAAAUACAAUCUGUAAUAUUGCUUUUCCUCCGAUAGCAACUUCCGACACCCGCAAACGUAUUUAUCUUGUUUUAAAUGUCUCCAAAAGAAGUCUCGGACACUUUAGUAUGUAGUAACGUUUCCCUCCCUCUCUGUUAUGGUACAUAUCCGUGAUGAGAUUUGAGUCGGAAUAGUACCUUACACUGACACAACACUGAGGGACGCGAGAUUGAAAAUGUGUAUAGAUUUUUUUGUGCAAACCUCUUCCUAGAUUCCACUUGUUCUUGGUGCUUGCUUUAGCGUAAGGUAGGUAGCAGUCACCACCGCUCCAGUGUAUAUUUAGUGACUGUGCCUUAUACAGAAUGGAGGGAGUGGACCCAGUCUGAUGUUCAUCUGUUGUUUGUUUUAUGGAUGUAGUGAAGUAUUGUUUAUGGUCCAGCAUGAGUCAGGUUUUGCUGUAAAAUAUGUACUAACACUCUACGUUUGUGCUACGUGAUUUGCAGGCAACAGGACAUCGUCCUGUACUGUGGCGCGGGCAAAAAUCUUAUUUUUAUUAUAAUUUUUAUGUCUUGCAUUUAAAGAAUUAUAUCCGUGUGAACUUCAUUUUCACUACAUUGCUGGACUCGAGGCCAAAAUUUCAGUUGACAAGACAAACCCUGCCCAUCUCUGCGUGGACCGCGCAGAGUUUUCUACCUGUUUUUACUGCCUUAUAUUUAAUGCAUUUUUUCUAUCCUUUCACUCGCACUGUCUUUUGGCAAAUGUUUGUAAUUCAAAUUAAAGUUUUAAGGAUGUAAAGUUUUCUUUUGUUUCUUUUUCGUUCUUUUUUUAAAGCAGCAGCAGAGUUGUGUUCAUCUUGGAUGGAGAAUCAAGACCUUUUUAAAUACCUUUUGAGUUCUUUUAAAAUAUCGCACUCCACGACCAUUCCGCUAAUAAACAUCAUCACGGUUAAUAAAUGUGAGUCACACUAGAGUAAGUUAUCUUAACCUCUCUAAGAAAAAAAAGUUAAGUUUGGAGACAAAAGCUGUACGUCUCAUGCAUUAUGUUUAAAAGACCUGCAUGCUAUAGGAUGCCUGUGUUAUGAUCUGAAGACCACUCAUUUCGUCUAUGUUUGAACUUGAUGGUUUUAGGACACAAUCCUAAUGACUUGUCUUUGGAUCACUGUGCCAGUUCUGAUUUUCUCUGAUGUGUAGCUUGUAUUGGCAUUGUUUUAUGUGCACUGGUUAUUCUGGAUUCUCUGUGUCUGGUUCUCAUUGUUGCGUUUUAAAUCAAUAGCACAUGCAAAACAGCCAAUCAGAGUUUUUAAAUGCCUAGAAAAUCCUCGUUGCUGGUUGCUUUGGUUCACUGGAUUUCAAGUAUUGCUGAAAUUGGAUGGAUGUAACUGUGUUCUAUUCUAAACAGGAGAGUAGGGAAAACUCUCUCACAUAUGCACGAGAGAGUUGUGAUGACACACAAGGUGGAUGCACGUAACACAUGGAAGGGUCUAAUGUGAAAGUGGUUCAUGUCUGUGAAAUGCAGUAGCUCACCCAUUCUUUCCAGACAGUGGCAUUUCUAAACAUCUGUAGCAAUGGACAUUGACACUGUCUCUCCCUGUUUUUGUACUCGCAGGCUGUUAAGAACUUCACAUUUUUAACAAUUUGCCAAGUCCAUUUCUUACAAUAAAACAGUAGUUACA